ACCAUCCAAUUGCCUUUCCCGGAGCUGCCUCUCCCCGCCCCUGUCGCGAGCCAAGCAGUGAACCGUUGCUUGCAAGUGGAGCCGCAGCGACAUACACGGACCUAACAUCGGGUUUUGAAUCAUCACGUCGGACAUACAUCGAGCAAAAAUGACCUCUGUGGCAGACUUUGAGAAGGCAGCAGAGGAUGUCAAGAACUUGAAAACACGACCAUCAGACCAGGAGUUGCUGGACCUUUACGGCCUGUAUAAGCAAGCGGUCGUAGGAGACGUUAACACCGAUAGACCAGGAUUGUUUGACAUGAAAGGGAAAGCCAAGUGGGACGCCUGGGACUCCAAGAAAGGCAUGUCUAAGGAUGACGCCAUGGCAGCCUAUACCAAGCUUGCAAAGGAAAUCAUCAGCAAAUAUGGCAUGUAAUGAAUGAAUAGAAUGCAAGCAGCAAAUAUAACAUGUUUAACUAAAUAAAGGACUGAAGUGAGGCUGCUGUCUUAAACUAAUAACAACUGUGCUCUGAGGUUUUAAUCAUGCUGGUUUUUGAAUUGCUUUUCUACAUCUUUUUAUUCAAAACAUAACGUCCAUGCACCUUUUUAAUGUGAGACUGUAAUGUUUGCUACUUGAUUUUUGAUUAUGAAUGCUAACAUGCGGUCAUUUUCAAUAACGGUAAAUAGAACUUGAUUUGUUAUAAGAAUGGAACAACUUACAAGAAAUGGUAUAUGUUCACCUUUUGAAAAUAAAGCAUCUGUACUAUGUUA